AUGGCAUCAGUCAACAUACAGCCAGCAAGCCAGCCAAUGCUUUCGCAGCGUCGACCCGUCACUUCCUGUCUGGAGUGCUAUCGUCGAAAACAGAAAUGCAAUCGACGCAGACCAUGCAAUCAAUGCACGUUUCGAAAGAUACCCGAGCAAUGCAUUUUCAGGGCCGACAAAGCUCCACCCAACGGCGUAAACCAGGCGCGAUCUGCCCGUGGUCUCAAGCCUCAUCUGGAGGAAGAGCCACCCAAUGUAAACGCUGUUCCAACCACAAAAGGUACACAUCUUCACAGUGGCUAUUUGGCAGAUGUGGGUGCGGCCAACCCUUUGCAACUGCGGAAUGGUGUGGAAGAUCAAAUGAUACACCAGACCUAUUCUAUCUUAGACCCACAGAGCAAUGUUCAGCACGUUUAUUGUGGUCUCCUAGGGCAAAUACCACCGGCUAAUAUCACACAAGAGCUUCUGAAAUUCUUCUUCGAAGAUCUUUACUGGGGUGCAAUGACUGUCGAUGAAAAUCGUGUUCUGAGUAUGUACGAAAAAUGGAGAAUGGUCCCUCCUGAACACCGUCUCAGGCAGUGUGAAAAUAGACUGCAACGAGAGUUGCAAUGUUUUACUGCACUGCUCUUCCAGAUGCUCGCACAGGCACUUUAUGCCCUACCAUUGAACCAUGUUGCCGCAAUUACCUUGGGACUUGCCAACCAAGAAGACCUUGAUCGCUUGUCUGAAACAUAUCAUAUCAACGGAAACCGGCUGGUUCAGCUGAUAGGUCGACAUCAACCUACCAUGUGCUCUGUUGAACACGACCUUCUUGCCUUUUGCUGGCUCAAGAAUGCUGGUCGAUAUUCUGAAGCAUGGUACCGUUUGGGCGGUGCAGUCAGGCAAGCACAGCAAUUAGGACUGCAUCGACUUCUACAGAACGUUCGCCAGUGUCCCGAGAGCACUCUCGAGUCAAAUCUCCUCAAGAUCUGGGAUCUUGAGCAUCAAAAACGGCUUUGGGCGAGGCUGUUUGUCUUGGACAGUGCUGUUUCCCUGGUCCUUGAGAAGCCCCGGUUCCUCCAUCGAGAAGAUUGUCUUGUCUCUGUGCCGCUCGAUUGUGAAUAUCCAAGAGAUCCAGCUAGGACCAUUCCAGUACCGAAUGAGGGUGGAAAGGCCGCGAAGACGUCGCUUUCACUUACCCUGGCUCACAGAAUGCACGACAUCAUCUCUCUAUCGGCUGGCAAAUCUCUGUGUCCAGAUUACUCCAGAGUAAUGCAUCUUCACACGGAGGUAUGUACUCUUCGAGACAACCUGCUCUCUUCGUGGGAAAUCGACCCUGACAGGGUUUCCUCAAAUAUGAGUAUCUGCCAGCUCGAUCUGAAACGUCUCCUCUCUCUAAAACAAUUUGAAAUGGUCCUAUUUAGUCUGCACAAACCAUACAUUAAAACCCAGUCUUCAAGUUAUAUGGCGGCGGUCAAUGCCGCGUUGCGACAUUUGGAUCUACAAUAUGCGAUCUUUGAGGCCAUACCUUUACUGCAGAGAAGAGCCCAUGACAAUCCUUUCUACAUCAUUGAUAUCUCAAUAUUCAUUACCGGCUUAUCAGACGAGGGAGCCCUCACAGGUGCUUUAGAGCAGGAUCUUCACAGAAAGCUUACUUUACAAGCAAUAGAACGACUUGUCGCCAUCAAGAGACUGAAUCCGGCCGCUGCCUCAAGUGAGAAGAUGUUGCGACAGUUCUGCCAGAAAUUCCCUCGACAGGUACAACCGUCUUCCUGGGAACUCUGGCCUGCAAACUUGUCAGAUAGCGCCGGAUGCCUGGGUCCUGGAGGUAUAUCCUCACCCCGAGACUUCUCUGAGCAAUUUCCUUAUUUCCCCCAUACCAGUUACUUCGAGUGUGCAAUGGAAAAUGUUCUAGAGCCCGCACAUGCUCUUGGAGACCUCUGUUUAGACUGGUUGGAUACUAACCAAGAGACAUUCCACUGUCGGUAUAACCAACAGUGA